AGCCGCUUGCCCGCACUCGAGAUGGCGGCGCGAGUUUGAAAGGAAGCGCGAGGAGGCGCUUCGCAUUCGAAGGCGAGGCGCGCGAGAGAGUUUCCGCGCGGCGGCGGAUGCUCGCCUCGCCAUGGCUUCUUCGAAUCCGUGGGCUCCUGUGCAGCCGUCGGCGGCUGGGAUGCUGCUGGCUGGCUGCCUGUCCGCGGGGGUGGUGUCCCAGGAAACUCUGGAUAGAUGUGGAAAACCAGCUCCUUGCUUUGUUCGCCUCUCGGAGGCAGAACAAAUUGCUGAUCUCCAAGCUGAAAUCAGUGAGAUGAAGCUAGAUGCUGAAAUCCUGCAGAUGGAAAAAGAUACAGCAGACAUUACUCAUCCAUUCUACCUAACCUGCUGCCGCCCCACAUCUGACCCACCAACCUUCCAAAACAGAUUUUUGGGUGAAUGGGAGGCUGCAACAGGAGAACAGAAGAAGUCUGUUGAGGAAGUAGCAUGCUUAACACACUUAACAGCUCAGAAAUGCCAGGCUCUGCAAGCGAUGAACAAACACCUAGAAGCAGUGCUGAAAGAGAAAUGGGUUCUUAGGCAGAGGCUAAUGAAACCAGUGCGUCAAGAAAGUUUGCCUAUUGAAGCUAUGUACCACAGGCAUGUAGUAGAAUUGUUGGUGUCGGCAGUGGCUUUCAUUGAAAAACUAGAAACCCAUCUAACCACAGUAAGGAGCAUUCCUCAAAUACCUCUAGUUAUGAAAAACAUGGACAGUGCACUAACAAAGUUGGACUUGUUAGUAACAGACACAAAAGCACUGGCAGAACAAAUACUGGAGUGGAGAGAGAAAGUAAAGGAGAUCUUUGAAAACUCACAGCUGACUGCUGAAUCAGAUUCCUGGUUCAGAAGUAUAACUCUGUAAUUGUACACACUCCCCACCAUGCCUUUUCCUUCCCGAUUCGGGCUACUUAGCCAUUUGGUGUGUAGAUAAAAUGCAUGUCUUCUAUCACAUUUAAAGUCACUUGUGUCUGUCUGAAAUAUAUAUUUGUACAUAGAAAUAGUGCUAUGUUAGAAACUGACAACGGAUGUUAAAUGGCCCUCUUGAGGUUCUGAGGAAUAUUUUAAAGAAGCAAUUUUAUUAUGUCGCCUUAACAAGACCAGCUUCAUGUACAUAUGUUUUAUAUUUUAUAGAAAAUGUUUUAUAUAAACAUUAUCUAUUUUAAAAAGUGAGACCACUUAUAUCUUGGUACAAAACUUCAAUCUAAAUACCAGACUAUAGACUCUUUUGUAUGGGUGGGAAAGCUUUGGAUUCCACCCUGUCCUAAUGUGCAUAUAUGAAAAUCUGUAGCUUGAUACCUUUGCUCUUCAUACUGUUGAAUACUGUACUAGAAAAUAAUGCAGAGGAAGAGUAUGGGAAACAGUAUUCCGUUAGUAAUAAACAAACUAAAUAAA